AUGGCCGGAAAUCUAAACGCCUCCACCAGUAUCGAGAUCGCGUCGAUUUCGGGCGACACCACAACACAUAGGAACAUUGCUUCGUCCAUGAUCGAUGCCGACGAAGGCACACUUACCCGUGAACAGACGUCAUCUAGUGAUCCAUACUCUCUCUCCCGUGGUCUCAAGUCGCCGUCCGAGAUAAAUCUCAUCAAGGCCAAUAUUUCCAAUACUGGCAAAAAGCGAAAGAACCCCCAUGCCAAGAGUCCAAGUGGGAAGGAACUGAAAGAGUUCUAUGAAAAUCAAAAUGAGAAGAUUAAAAAGUUGUUGAAGAGUAUUGAGGAACAUAGGAGUGAGGCGAAGGAAACGGUUGAGGAUACUGCUUUGAAGUAUAAGAUUGCGAUAUGGGGUAGUUUUGUUGCCAAUAUUUGCUUGUCGAUACUUCAAGUCUUCGCUGCUGUCAGAUCCGGGUCUCUGUCCUUGUUCGCAACCAUGGCCGAUUCGAUCUUCGACCCAAUGUCGAAUAUUAUCCUAAUGACAUCUCGUCGAGCGAUCAAAAAGGUCGAUGAAAAGAAAUUCCCAUCCGGAAAGGCCCGUCUCGAAACUGCCGGAAAUAUCACCUUUGCCUUCGUCAUGUCCGCUGUCUCUCUCAUUCUUAUCGUCGUUUCUGCCAGAGAUAUCGCUUCCGGUGCUGACGCAGAGACCAAGGGUUUCUACCUUGAGUCUGUGAUUUCCGUCUGUGCUGCCUUUGCGACAAAGUUUUCAUUGUUUCUUUACUGCUGGGCGUUGAAGGAUAUUUACAGUGAUGUUCAUGUCCUUUGGCGUGAUCACCGAAAUGACCUUUUCGUCAACGGAUUCGGUAUCUUGACUUCCGUUGGAGGUUCCAAGUUGAAGUGGUGGAUCGAUCCUAUGGGUGCCAUCGUCAUUUCGCUUCUCAUUCUAGGUCUUUGGCUCAAGACUGCCUGGGAAGAAUUCAUGCUCCUUGUUGGUACAGCUGCUGACCUGGAUACUCAACAACUGAUUACAUACAUCUCGAUGACCCAUUCCCCUGAAAUCUUGCAAUUGGACACUGUUAGAGCGUACCACAGCGGCCCACGACUCAUUAUUGAAGUUGACGUGGUUAUGGAUCCCGACUGCACGCUCAAACAUUCACAUGAUAUCGCUGAAGAGUUGCAGAUGAAGCUUGAGAGUUUGCCUGAUGUUGAGCGUGCUUACGUACAUAUUGAUUACGAGACGACUCAUUCGCCGGAGCAUUUUGUGAAGAAGGAGUUGUAG